AUGACAGGACCCUCAACACCCGGUCAAGAAGGACCCUCCUUCGCACCUCCACCUCUACCCUCAGGAUGGAUCGCCCAGUGGGACGGCAACUCCAAGAAAUACUAUUUUGUCCAGCUAAGCACCGGUGCUUCACAGUGGGAUACACCUAUCCACGCAGCGCCCACCGGACCAACACCACAAGCGACGCCGCAGGGCACCGAACAUCCUUAUGGAUUACCCGGGGAGAAUGGGGGACAACAACAACAACAAUUUGGAAAUAAUGCCCAUGCACAUGGACAGGCGGCAGAGAUGGGCGGUGAUGGAACGAGGGGAUUUGGAGGGGAGAAUGCGGGGGGUGAUGGGGAGAGGGGUAUUGGGUCCUUCGUCACAAACCAAUACUUAAAGAAACAAACCGGUGGAAUCCUCGGCGGAAGCAGCAGUAGCUCCAAUCAACAAAGUGGCCUGGGAGGUCUGGGUGGACUCGCCAGUUCAUUCCUCGGAGGUUCUUCCGGAUCAAGUCAUAGCAACAAUAAUAAUAAUUCGCAUUCGACCAGUGGAAGUGGUGGAUCAUCGGGUAUCGCAGGUGCGUUGAUGGGUAGUUUGUUGGGCGGCGGAAAGAAAUCGGAUAGUGCGCAAACGCAUAAUCAGACGGGUCAACAUAGUCAGGGUGGUGUUAGUGGGUUGAUGGGUAGUUUUUUGGGUGGUGGAAGUAAACCGGAUACUGCGCAAACGCAUAAUCAGACGGGUCAACAUGCUCAGAGUGGUGUUAGUGGGUUGAUGGGUAGUUUUUUGGGUGGUGGAAGUAAACCCGACUCUGCGCAAACGCAGAAUCAGAAUCAUUCGGGUUCGCAGACUGGUCAACAUAGUCAGAGUGGUGGUGGUGGGUUGAUGGGAAGUUUGGGGGGAGUGUUCGGCGGACAUCAAAGUCAAUCUCAGGGUGGAAACUUUGGGUAUUCAAACAACAGCAGUGCAAGUCAAGGAGGCUAUUCUGGUGCAGCUCCUCCAAGUUCUUAUCAACCUGGUGGCGCAAGCCAGACCUCAUAUAGCUCUCCAGCUCCAGCUCCCGCACAGUCAUAUGGUCAGGGAUCUACACAUACACCUUCGUCGCAGUCCUAUUCCCAAGGACACACACCUUCAUAUUCUCAAGGAUCUGCAUCAUCCCAUGAAUACAAUCCACAAAACCCAUCUCAUGGUUUGCCGUCUCAGCAACAGUAUGGUACAACUGGCCAACAAUCGCAAUACGGUGCUCCUCAGCAUCAGUCUUCAUUCGGAAAUGCACCACAGUCACAACAUAGUCAAUACCCAGGACCACCAGGUUAUGGAUCUGGCCCAAGUUCCCCAGGUGGAUAUGGUGGUGCACCUCAACAGCAACAACACCAAGGACAUCAGCAACAUCAACAGCAGCAGCAACACCAAUAUGGUGGUGGCCCGCCUAAUUCAAAGAUGUCAGGGGAGAUGUACGGUGGUGGAGCACCUCCUGUGCCACAUGGAAGUCACCCUCACCAUAAUCAACAACAUCAGCAACAUGGUUCGCAAGGUGGUUCAUCUGGUAGUUACCCUUCAGCUCCUUCCAGUGGCUAUCCUGCUCAGCCAGGAUGGUAG